GCCUCGUCAUCCACAUUUUACAAGAUUUGAGAAAGCAAGCGAUAGUCAUCUGCCUUCUACGCCUUUCCCUCGUGCGGCUGCUGGUUUCUUUCCGCUUUGUCAGGUAUGUUUUGCUAGAGAUCAUCCGUUUCAAUGUUCUUAACUCGACUUCGUCGCUUGAUUCGUGCGCGGAUCUGUUUGAUUCGAUCCGUCAUUCUAACUUUGUGUUCGCCGGAGCAUGUUCUUUCAUCGGUGCGUGGAUCUGGUUGAUCCACGGUUCCAUGAUCGAUAGGAUGCCGAUUGUUGUUCAAGACAGAUUUUGAAGCAGCUCUGCUAGUUCAGGCUUUACUGUGUGCCAAAUUUACGCAAUCGGGAGUGACUGGGUCAUAUCCCUACGCUUAAAGGAAGGGUCUUUACUGAUGAUUAUUUUGCAAGGAACCAUUGAUUGAUGUUUUGAAGCAUUCUAUUGUGUUAAUACAGCCCCUUUGGUUUCAAGGAAUGGAAGGGGGAAUACAUGUUACAUCUCUGAAACAUCAUCUUCAUCAGGAAUUUGGAUCGCUAGAUCCAGGUUUCAUGCUUCAUCUUAUCUUUCAUUUGCUACCUGAAUUAAUGCUUCAGAUACGAAGAUUAGAAGACCUUUGAUGCGGGGACUUAUUCUUUUGAACUGCUGGGAAGGACCAGCAUAUGCCCCUGAUCUAGACUUUGUUCACUUGUUCAGAAACUAAGUUGCUAUUUGGUGAGCCAACAUGAGUCGCCCACACGAUGCGCCUCGCACAUUCUUUCCCUUAGGAAAUCCUUUCAGGACUAUCUUCCCCAGGGGAUCUCAUCAAUCACUGAAGAUUCAUGCAUUGCUGUUUUCUUUUGAGCAAGAUCUGACAGAAAAAUUUACAAAACUAAUGCCUGAGGAUGUCUCAGAUGUCCUUACCUUAUCUUGGAUGAGGUUUGCGAUUCAGCUCCUAUCAGAUGCUCAUAAUGGCCUGAGAACUUUUAUUAAUGAGCUUCAGUUGCCUGUUUCCCAGUGGGAUGAGAAAUGGAUUGAUGUAUACUUGGAUGGCAGCGCGAAGUUGCUUGACAUCUGCAUAGCACUAUCCUCUGGGUUAUCUCGUUUGGAUCAGGGCCAGCUUUUGCUGCAGUAUGUGCUGCAUCUUGUGGACAUGUCAACUACUGCUCCACCAGCCCAAAAGCUUGUACAAGCCCGAUCAUAUCUUCAAGAGUGGAUUGAACUAAUCGACUCUAAAAGCCCUAAACUGGACACUUGUCCUUCGAUCAUUAAGCGCCUUCAAGGAACUCUUGACCUCCCAAAGGUCAAGAGCUCAAAAGGGAAGGCAUUGAUGAGAGCCUUAUACGGAGUUAAAGUCAUGACAUUAUUUGUCUGUAAUCUUUUUACAACAACACUGUCAGGUAGCCCAAAAGUAUUUCCAGAUCUAAACGUUUCCGAAGAGUUCGUUUGGUAUGAUGCUUUUAGUCACUUGCAAGCUGCUGUGACAGAGGAAAUAAAGAGACUCUGUGAUACUGGCACGGUUUCAUUAUUCAAAGAGUUCGAGUCAGUUAAAGUUUGUGCUUUGAGGCUACAAGAUAUGAUUAGCAGCAUCAGUUGCAACGGAGAACCAGUGCAAGAGGAAGAAACUGUACCUGGGAAGAGUACCGACUUUGGAAGACAAAGGUUGCGAGAUUCUGUUACCAAUUUAGCGGACGGUGUACAGACACUCGGGCAUGAGCUAGAUUCUCUGUCGAAACAGACAAAUGAUUUUUUCGAGCUUAUUUUGGCUGGACGAGAUGCUUUGCUUUGUAAUCUCAGAGUGCAUCUUUUAACCCCAGAAAAUUCUUCAGAGGCAAGGAUUUGAUUGGUGAGUUUGCCCCAUGAAAAACUUGGUGUCUUGUUGGAUGUGGGAUUUGAAAGUCUCUCACUGUCCAUAAUAAGCUAAUUCGAGAGACCAUGCAACAUAUGUAUUUUAUGUAUUCUGUAAAGUGUAUUGGGUACUUUUGAACAAGUUUUAUAUUGCGUGAUUUA